ACGACACUAGAAUAUAGGAUACACGUGAGCACAGCAGAUUAUUGUUUAUGCUUUUGAGCGCUCUUUCGUUUCUUGCACCUCCCUUCAAAAUCUGAAAAACCACCGCCUCUCACCAUCUCCGGUCGGUACUUGUGAUCAAAGGAUGAGUUUGCAACCUGGGCAGUCUAAAGAUGGUAGUUCACAUGACCGACUAGUAUAUGUAACAACAUGCCUAAUUGGGCAGCAGGUAGAAAUCCAAGUCAAAAAUGGGUCCAUAUACUCUGGAAUAUUUCAUGCAACAGAUACAGACAAAGAUUUUGGAAUCAUUUUGAAAAUGGCUCGCUUGACAAAGGAUGCAUCUUCGCAAGGGAAGAAGUCUGGUGCAGAAUUUGUCAGCAAGGCUCCUUCAAAGAUUUUAAUUAUACCUGCCAAAGAACUUGUGCAAGUUAUAGCACAGGGUGUUGCUGUUACUAAGGAUGGCCUACCUAGUGAACCUCAGCAUGGUAGGAAUCAGGAAAUCAUGGUUGACUCACUGAUAUCUCAAUCUCAUCAUGCUGAGCUAGGAAGAGAACUAGAACCCUGGGUACCUGAUGAAGAUGAUCCACAAUGCCCUGAACUGGAUAAUAUCUUUGACGGCCACUGGAAUAGGGGAUGGGAUCAGUUUGCAACAAAUAAGGCAUUGUUUGGGGUAAAAAGCACAUUCAAUGAGGAACUUUAUACAACAAAGCUUGAAAAAGGGCCACGGACAAGAGAACUAGAACUGCAAGCUUUAAGAAUAGAAAGAGAAAUUGAGGGCGAGGAAACUCAAGAUCUUCAUCUUGCUGAGGAAAGAGGUCUUCACUUAGAUGGAGAAUUUGACAUUGACGAAGAAACUAGAUUCUCUUCGGUCUAUAGGGGUAAACAUGUUGAUGAUGCAUAUGAGGAAAAUGAAGACAUGCUGAUGGAUUCACACAAUUCUGAGAUGUUUAGUGGUAUAUUCGGUUCAGUCGAUGAGAGGUCUGAUGAAAUGAAUAGUGGAGAAGGCAAUGAUGCAGCUCAUGCAUUGGCAAAUUCCUCUUUCAUGGAUCGCCCACAGUCAUCGCAGUCAAAUACUGGUGUAGAUUUAAGCCGAUCUAGUGCUUAUGAUCAUGCUAAGCAGUUUACGUCUGAAAUCCCUUCCAAAAGCUACUCUUUUUUGGAUGGGGAAAGCAGGAUUCAGGAGAACCCAGUUCAUAAUCUACGUGGAGCCAGUGGUAACACCAAGGAAGAAAAUCUUAUAGUGCAGCAAGGUGAGGAUGUUCAACUGUCUAAAUAUGAGGAUUCACAGGCAUCACUGUACUUCAAGAAAGAUGGCUCUGAUAAAGGGGUAUUAUCUCCUAAUGCCAGCUCCUAUGCCCCAUCAUCUCAUAUAUCAUUAAAAUCUCGUGAGAAGACGGGAUCCCCUGGGGAUUCUACUGAGGGUUUAGCAUAUCACAAAGCUAAUGGGGCAACAAAAUAUAUAGAUUCACGUGGGGCAUCAUCUGGGUCAGAUUCUGUGAGAGGUGUGGCAGGAUCUUCUGGUCCUGGUUUAUCUCCAAGUUCGUCAGUUGGUUCAUUGUCUUCUGAGAAAUCGUCUUUGAAUCUCAAUGCAAAGGAAUUCAAGCUCAACUCUAAUGCAAAGAGUUUUAUUCCAUCACCUGCUCGGUCUCCCACUCCGGUGUCUGAUAGUUCCUUCUAUUUUCAACCUAAUGUAACUACUGUACCAAGUAUGCCAGGCGUGCCCAUGAGUAUUGGGGUUGGACCUAGUUAUAUUGGGCAUCAACCUAUCAUAUAUAAUCCACAGGUAUCCCAAAUGCCAACUCAAGCAUACUUUCAUCCAAAUGCACCGCAGUACGGACAGCUUCUUGGUCAUCCUACGCAAGCUUUAUACAUGCCGAGUUACCAACCUGAAAUGUUGUAAAAGGGACGUGAUUAUUGAAGACUUGACUGACUGUUAUUAGCAAGUCAACUCCUUGCUCAAAAAGAAUACAUCAAGUGGAUGUCCUGAAAAGUUUUAAAUGAUGCGAUAUCUUCAGCUGAUAGAAAGGUUUCAAAUGGUUCAUUGUGAGACAUAAUUUUGUGAUCGGUUUUCCGGUUUUAUCCACCUUAUAUGCAUGAAACUUAUUAAAGCACCAUAAUCAUUUUUAAUGUUACGUUUUUUGGCAUGGAGACGGAGUAAUAAACUUAUUAGAGCAUAAUCAUUUUUAAUAUAUAUAUUUUUUUUUUUAA